GACAGUGAUGAGCUGAAUGAACUCUGCAAAGCCGAGGCACAGCUGGCUCUGGAUAUCCGCCUGAAAACGAGGAGAGCUCCACGGUCCAAGUUUCUCAUUGUUCAUUUCCACGGGGGAGGGUUUGUGGCUCAGACCUCCAAGUCCCAUGAGGAACAGAAUGAUAACUACACGUCCAGUUUCACACAGCAUAAACUGACAAGAUCGACCGGAGAGAGGAUCUGCCUGGCGGGGGACAGUGCCGGUGGGAAUCUCUGCCUCACGGUGUCGAUGCGAGCUGCCUCAUAUGGAAUCCGCAUGCCAGACGGGAUCAUGGCAGCUUACCCAGCAACCCUGCUCCAGGCCAGCGCCUCGCCAUCCCGUCUGCUCACCUUCAUCGACCCACUGCUGCCCCUCAGUGUGCUCUCGAAGUGUCUGAGUGCGUACGCAGGGACGGAGGCUGCAUCCAGUAGCUCCAGGAACACCCACAAGACGGAUUCCCUGAGCCUGGUACGGAACGAUGUGGCAGCUCUCCUGCUCCGAGACAUGCGACUGGGAGCCUCGGCCUGGCUCAACACCUUCAUCGACAGCAGCAAGAGCAGCCGUAAACCGGUAGGACUGCAGCUCUGGGCUUGCCUUAGGCAGCCCCUCACCCUGCUGGUACAGCUGCUGCAACUCGAGAAGCCGGUCAUUUCUCACUGUCCCGUCUCUGGUAGGAAGCUUCUCUUCGCUGUUGCCUGGCUUUUGUCUCCCUUUGUGCAUCAUUCACUUCCUGCAUGCCUUAGUUCACCUCCUUAGUAACCUGUUGUGUGUGGACCCUGUGUCUCUUUCUGCAUGGGCCCUUUAAUCAUCUCAAUCUGUCGUCGCUUGUCUCAUUCCCUUUGCACACUCUCACCGCGUUAUUGGGAGGUGAAUCAGUAAAACAGACUGUCACCUGCUGGGCAUGUUUUAAGACAAGGCGCAGGGGGCUUAUUAGUGUAGCGAUAAGCACAAACAGGGUCAUUCAGUAAGUGCAGUUGAAUUGCAGAAUCUAUUCUCAUAACCAAUCUCAAAGUGCAGGAGAAAAUUGCCGCAGAGCUGUAAUGAAGGAUCAUCUCAAUUCUAAACGUUAGCUUGCUCUCUCUCUCUCUCUCUCUACGGAUGCUGCCUGACCCCACUGGCAUCUCCAGCACUUCGUUUUAUUUGAUUUAAGUUCGCAAAGUGGUUCAUUCACAAGAGACCAUGGGCCGUUGCAUUUGAGUUAAAAA